CAACAACAAUCAGCAAUCGCGUCGUUAGGUGAAAGUGGGGCUAUCAGUAGUGGCGGUUGCGUUAUAGCGACUAGUUAAUUAAAAGCAUAUGUAAUACGGUGUUGACAGGGUGAAAGUUCACAGAUAGUCGACAAUGUCCGCAAAGACAGCAGCCAAACCGAUCAAAGCGGCCUCCAAAGAGCCGUCAUCCUUGACUAAAAUCUAUCUGUUUGCCUAUAAUGCCAUCCAGGUGGGUGGCUGGAGCUACAUCCUGUACCAGUUGAUCAACUACUAUGUGCUGGAAGGACCCCAGUUCCGGGCUCAAAUCACGCUGUGGGACUACACACGUCUCGCCGUCAUCAUCUUCCAGAAUGCUGCCUUUGUGGAGAUCCUGAACGCAGUCUUUGGCUUGGUCAAGUCGAAUCCGGUGGUCACCACCUUCCAGGUAUUCAGCCGCAUGAUGGUGGUCGUCGGCGUUGUCAUGGCCACACCCACGGGCAAGGUCUCGCCCGGUCUGCCCAUUGCGCUUUUCGCCUGGUCCAUCACUGAGAUUAUACGCUAUGGCUUCUAUGCCCUCAACAUCAUCAAGGUUGUGCCCAAGUUCGUGGUGUUCCUGCGCUACACUACCUUCAUUGCCUUGUACCCCAUUGGAGUAACUGGUGAGCUGUUGUGCUUCUGGUGGGCACAGCGCUACGCUCGAGAGAACAGUGUCUGGAGCCUGGAGAUGCCCAACAAGCUGAAUGCUACGUUCUCGUACUAUGCGCUCUUAUGGAUCGUCAUGCUCGGCUACAUUCCCAUAUUCCCGCAGCUCUACAUGCACAUGUUCACGCUGCGUCGCAAGAUCUUGGGCGGCGACAGCAAAAAGAAAGCAAACUGAACUUUAACCUUCGCUUGGAACUGGCCCAAGCUGCCAUAACAAUGCUAAUUAAAUACUAACUUUUGCACUUUGGAGUGCGACUCACCUUGGCUCACCUGACAUCGACGCGUCGUGCGAGCUUUAGCUAAUAUUUACAGGGGGUUUUCUGUAUACAAAUUGAAAUUAAACAAAAACAUUUUUCAUUUA